AUGGCUGAUCUGUCGUCAUCGCUGUCCUUUCUGACGGACAAUGCCGUUGCUGCUGCUAUCAAAGAUGCAUACGGAGCGUUCUCCGAGCGAAGAAAGGCCCUCGGGCUGCCCAACCCGGGAACGGUGGACAACAUCGCCAGAGAAGUGCAGAAGGAGGUUCUUCUGUCCAAUUUCAUGUUCACUGGGUUCCGGGCGGACCUGACCAAGGUCUUUGGCAUGUCUCCCCUUUUCCGCAUUUCUCACGCAUUCGCCAUGGGUUCGCAAGGCAACUUGCCCCCAUACGCCUUUUCCGCCAUGUACGGGACGCCGAAGAUUUUCAUGCAAGGAAAUUUCGGAAGUGACGGAGCGCUCGCUGCUGUCGGAAACUACCGCUGGAACGAGUCGUUGGUCACCAAGACCAAUGCUCAGAUCAUGCCAGGAGCCACACAGGGUCUUCUGCAGAUUGAUAACGACUACACUGGCUCCGAUUUUUCAGUUUCGCUCAAGGCCUUCAACCCGUCAAUUCUGGAAGGUGGUCUAACCGGUAUUUUUGUGGGAAGCUACCUUCAAUCGGUGACCCCGUCUCUCGCUCUGGGAUUCGAGGCAAUUUGGCAGAGACAGGGCCUCAAUUCUCGUCCAGAAACGGCGCUGUCUUAUUGUGCGAAGUACCGAGGAAAGGACUGGCUUGCAAGCGCUCAACUUCAGGCGCAGGGCGUCUUCGCAGCGUCUUACUGGCGAAAAUUGUCUGAGAAGGUCGAAGCCGGUGUUGACUUGAACCUCCAGCUUGCCCAGAAUGCUGCUGCCAGCUUGAUGGGUGGUCCGCGCCGGGAUGGCACCGCGACGAUUGGCGCCAAAUACGAUUUCCGGGCCUCCACGUUCCGUGCUCAGAUUGACAGCGCUGGCAAGGUCAGCUGCCUUCUGGAGAAGCGGAUAGCGAUGCCAAUCUCUCUUACUUUUGCCGGAGAGAUUGACCAAGUCAAGCAACAAGCCAAGCUUGGUCUGGCUGUUUCGCUUGAGAUCGCUGGGGAAGAAUUGAUGGAGCAGCAGGAGAAGGCCGAGGCUCAGGGUAUCGUCCCGCCGCCUUUCUAA